AUGACGAGCAAUAAUCGUUCAUCAGCUACUGGUCAACCAGCACGAACAUGUCAAUUUAAAAUGGUUCUAUUAGGUGAAUCAGCUGUUGGUAAAUCAUCCUUGGUACUUCGUUUUGUUAAAGGACAAUUUCAUGAAUAUCAAGAAUCAACUAUAGGUGCAGCAUUUCUUACACAAACUGUAUCUGUUGAUGAUACAACAGUUAAACUUGAAUUAUGGGAUACAGCUGGACAAGAAAGAUAUCAUUCAUUAGCUCCAAUGUAUUAUCGGGGUGCUCAAGCUGCAAUUGUUGUUUAUGAUAUAACAAAUGCAGAUACAUUUAGUCGAGCUAAAGUAUGGGUUAAAGAAUUACAACGUCAAGCAGCACCAAAUAUUGUUAUUGCUUUAGCUGGUAAUAAAGUUGAUUUAGCUACUAAACGACAAGUUGAAGUUGCUGAUGCUCAAACAUAUGCAGAAGAAAAUGGUUUAAUAUUUAUGGAAACAUCAGCUAAAACAUCAAUGAAUGUUAAUGAUAUAUUUAUGGCCAUAGCAAGAAAAUUACCAAAAACUCAAGAUACAUCAAAUCCAAGUGGUGGACGAGGGCGUGAUAAUGAUGGUCAACGAGUAAGAGUUAAUCAAUCGCCAAAUCAAAGAGUAACUGAAAAUGAAGGUGGAUGUUGUGGUAGCAAACGUGGUUCAUUUACACUUUCAGGAGCUUUAACUGGUUUUAUACUUAGUAUAAUAAUAGCUUAUUCAAAUAUUGUUUUUUUACUUGUUAUAAUGACAUUUGUUUUAAGUGGUUCAUUUGUUACACGUUAUAAAUUUGAUAUAAAACAAUCAAAAAUUAAUGAAAAUGAUCAUCAAAUACAAACAAAAAAAUAUAAAAAAACUGCACGUGAUCAUAUUCAAGUAUUAUGUAAUGGUUCAAUAGCAUGUCUUUAUGCAAUAGGUUAUUGUUGGAAAACAAAUUAUUCUGGUCUUUCACUACCAAUUGAUAAUAAACAUGAAUCGUCUAUUUAUUCAAUUGGUUUUAUUUUUACAAUUGCUUGUUGCUGUGGUGAUACAUUAGCAUCAGAACUUGGUUCUGUUCUUGCUCAAAAGAAUCCACGUUUAUUAACAAAUCCAUUUCGAAUAGUUCCUGUUGGUACAAAUGGUGCUAUAUCAUUGGUUGGAUGUUUAUUUAGUCUAUUCGGUGGUUUUAUUAUAGGUCUUAGUUAUAUUAUUGGUAAUAUGAUAUUUUGCCGGCCAGAUUAUAUGAUUAAUACAUGGACGAUAAAUAUUCAAUUACUUUUCUAUUGUACAUUAUUUGGUCUUCUUGGUUCUUCAAUUGAUUCACUAUUAGGUGCAACCUUACAAUUUAGUGGUUAUGAUAGAGAACGUAAUGUUACAGUACAAUUACCUGGACCAUCAAUUGAACGAAUCUCUGGUCGAAAUAUAUUAUCAAAUAAUCAAGUAAAUCUUCUAUCAUCAUUUCUUACAUCGAUUAUUGCUAUUUGGAUUUUACCAAGUAUUAUGGUUUAA